AUGCCUCGCUUCGAGGACUCUGACUUCGCGGUCGAUCCGGCUGCCCAGGAUCCCCGCGCACAGGAUCCCCACGGUGCGCUCUCACCCCGGGAGCGCCAGGCUUCCGGCCUCACUAUCCCCGCUGCAGGCGGCAACACCGUUGAGAUCCCCGCCACCCGCAGCGCUAUCAGUGAUGCCGCCCAAUUCAUGCACAACCUGAGUUUGUCUCCCUCCAUGAAGGACCGCCGGGGCUCGCGUAACUCCUUCGGCACUUCCCUCCCUAUUCCUCGCUCCCCUCGCAUGUCCCGCCUCUCAUCUGUGCAGCGCGGUGCUCCUUCAGUCUCCCGGGACAUCUUGGCCUCCCAGGUUCAGGAUAUUAACAAGGAAUUGACUGCCAAGGCCAAGAACAUGGCCUUCGCUUUCGACAUCGAUGGUGUGCUGGCACACGGAAACCACGCCAUUGAGGAGGCUAAGGUCGCUCUCAAGAUGCUCAACGGCGACAACGAGCUGGGCAUCCGCAUUCCCCACAUUCUCCUCACCAACGGUGGUGGUAAGACCGAAGAGGCUCGCUGUGCUCAGCUCUCCGAGAUCCUCGAGCAGCCCAUCUCCACCGACCAGUUCAUCCAAUCGCACACUCCCAUGCAGGCCUUGGCUGAGUACUACGAUACCGUUCUGGUUCUUGGUGGUGAAGGCUUCAAGAUCCGCGAGGUUGCCGAGAACUACGGUUUCAAGACCGUCGUUCACCCUAAGGAUCUUCUCGCCUGGGACCCCUCCAUCUCUCCCUGGGCUACUCUCACCGAUGCCGAGCGCGCCGAGGCUAAGCCCCGCGAUUUCUCCCAGAUGAAGUUCGACGCCAUCAUGGUUUUCGCCGAUUCUCGUGACUACCAGACCGAUUUCCAGGUCAUUAUGGAUCUCCUGCUCGCCGAGGACGGCAAGCUCAUGACCAAGGCCAAGGACCCCGUCGCCACCCGCAUUCCCAUCUACUUCUCCCAGGGUGAUCUUCUCAUGCCCACCGAGCACAAGGGUCUUCCCCGUCUCACCCAGGGUGCCUUCCGUAUCUCCGUUGAGGCCCAGUACAAGACUCUCACCGGUGUCGACCUUGAGCGUGUGGUCUACGGUAAGCCCGAGCGUGCUACCUACACCUACGCCGACGAGGUGUUGAAGUCCUGGAUGGAGGAGCUCCACGGCGUCGCCCGUCUGCCCGAGAACGUCUACAUGGUCGGUGACAACCCCGCCUCCGAUAUCAUCGGUGGAAACAUGUACGGCUGGAACACUUGCUUGGUCCGCACUGGUGUCUUCCAGGGCAAGGAGGGUGAGAAUGACCCCAACAGUCCUGCCAACUUCGGUGUCUUCAACAACGUCCUCGAGGCCGUCAAGGCUGCCAUUGCUAAGGAGCUUGGCCCCGACUUCAAGCUCAAGUGGAACCCCAAGGUCAACCCUGUCACUCACGGCGAGGGUGCCUCCGCUAUUGAGUAA